AUGCGUAACGUUGAAAUUAAAGCAAAGAUAACCGACUAUGAAAACAUCUGCAAAGUAGCAAACGAGUUGAGCGGCGGGCCGCCUACAAUCAUAAAGCAGGAUGAUACGUUUUACAAUGUCCAAGAAGGUCGGUUAAAGAUGAGAAUUUACGCCGAUUCUGCUGCCACUCUAGUGAGAUAUGAUCGUGACGAUGUGGAAGGCCCAAAACUGAGUAAUUACGAGUUAUUAGAUUUUACCGUCAAUGAGAGCGAAAAAGCUAAACUUUUGGAUGAAAUGCUCAAGAAGUGCUUGGGUGUUCGUGGAAGAGUUGUUAAAGAACGCAAACUCUACAUGGUUGGCCAAACCCGAGUGCAUAUAGACACAGUACAAGACUUAGGCGACUUUAUGGAGCUGGAAGUGGUACUCCGACCAGAACAGACCUUGGAAGAAGGUCAGGGUAUAGCCCAGGAACUUAGAACUAAAUUAGGAGUAAAGGAAGAAGAUCUCAUUGACUGUGCCUAUGUUGAUAUGUUGCUUAAAAAGUAA